CAAAAAAAAAUAUGUCGUUUGAUAUUCCAUUUGGCGACCAGAUGCGCAUAGCACUGAGCUAUGUGAAAUUCAAAACCAAACAGAAAAGCAUGCGUACAAACGAAAAAGUCAUCACCGACACUGUUUAUGGCAAAGUGAAGGGUGUUAAAUGGCAUUCCAUAUAUGGUGGCUCUUAUUACAGCUUCGAGGGUAUUCCAUUUGCUAAGCCACCAAUUGGCCACUUGCGAUUUAGAGCACCUGAGGAGCCAGAACCUUGGACUGAGGUACGCCGUUGUACGCGCGAACAUCCCAAGCCAUGUCAACACAAUAUCAUAUUGAAGCAAGUGCAGGGGCGUGAGGAUUGUUUGUACUUAAAUGUCUUCACGAAAACGCUACAUCCCCAGAAACUGAUGCCGGUUUUGGUUUGGAUAUAUGGCGGUGGUUUUCAAAUGGGUGAGGCGUCUCGUGAUAUGUACAGUCCCGAUUACUUUAUGAUGGAAAAUGUUGUGGUCAUUACGAUCACAUACCGAUUGGGUCCUUUGGGUUUCCUCACACUCGAAGACCCUCAAUUGGAUGUUCCCGGUAAUGCUGGCCUCAAGGACCAAGUGAUGGCCCUGCGAUGGGUAAAGCGAAAUUGUCAUUUCUUUGGUGGCGAUCCUGACAAUAUAACCGUAUUUGGCGAGAGUGCGGGCGCUGCUUCAACGCACUAUAUGCUGCUAACUGAACAAACGCGUGGACUCUUUCACAAAUGUGUACUCAUGUCCGGCACUGCUUUAGCUCCUUGGGCCAACGUACCACAACACAAUUGGGCCUACCGCCUGGCUAAAGCCACUGGUUAUCGCGGCGAAAAUGUUGAUGGCAAAGUUUUGGAACACUUACAACACUGCAAGGCUAGCGCCAUGAUGAAAGUCAGUGAAGACCUACUCACCACAGACGAGCGUCACCAACGCAUGAUGUUCGGUUUUGGACCGUCAGUGGAGCCAUAUAAAAGCAAACAUUGCGUCAUACCAUGCCCGCCUGUGGAAAUGAUGCGCAACGCUUGGGGUAAUGCGAUACCAAUGCUCAUUGGUGGCAACAGCUCAGAGGGAUUGCUAAUAUUUACUGAGGCUCGUAAAUAUCCGGAGUUAAUGAGCAAAUUGAGUGAUGAUGCGUCAUAUUUGGUGCCGGACGAUGCUUGUGUGAGUGCAGAUAAGCGAAAGGAAUACGGAGAGCGGCUGUUGCGACUAUAUUUUGGCGAUAGUCAACCGAGUUGGGAGACGGUACUGCAAUAUGCGGAUCUCUUCGGCUACAAAUACUUCUGGCAUGGCAUUCAGCGAACGCUGCUCUCACGUCUAGAAUAUGCAAAUGCGCCCACUUACCUUUAUCGCUUCGAUUUCGAUUCGAAACACUUCAAUUUUAUGCGCAUCAUCACCUGUGGUCGCAAUGUACGCGGCACCUGUCACGCCGAUGAUCUCUCCUACUUAUUCUACAAUGCGGGCGCCAAGAAGUUGAAACAGCGCAGCGCCGAAUUUCGCACCAUACGUCGGUUGACCACAAUGCUGGUGCGUUUUGCUGAAUGCGGUAAUCCCAAUAUACCCAUGAAUGAAGGGCAUGACCAUAGUUACCAUUAUCACCAUCACCAUCGGCAGCCGCACCACGAACAACAACAACAAGUUCCUUUAAACAAUACAAAUGGCAAAAGCAAUGGCGUACAAAAUGGGCAAGAGAAGGGCAAUGCGGAAGAGGAGUUAGAGCAUAACCAACAGCAUAGCCGAGAGAGUAGUUAUGAUGAUAGUGUCAGAGAUGGGGUGGAAUUGGCGCUAGAGGUGAAUGCAACACUGGCGGAACACGAAAUGCCACCACAGCAACCAUGGCUGCCAGUUUCACGCAACACAGAAGUAUUCAAAUGUUUGAAUAUAUCCGAUGAAUUGGAGGUGAUCGAUCUGCCAGAAGCAGAAAAGUUGCGUUUUUGGGAUGAAGUGUAUACAGAUAGAACAUUACUCUAUUGAGUGCACAUAUAUGUGUACAUGCAUACACUCAUACCUAUGGUUCAAUUCUUGGUAAGUCUGCUCGUUUGUUAGUUGCGUAAUUGAUUGCGGUAAGAGGGUCGAUGAGUCGGUGCAACGCAAAGCGCAGUGUAAUUAAGGUAAAGUGUCUACGUGAAUGAUGUGAAGUGAUAGAAAGUGCAAAUUACACAGGUGAUAUUGGGCGAAAAAAAUUUUAAAAGUGAGUCGCACAAACUUAUAUCUUUUAAUGCUAACUCGGAAAAGUUUAUAAUGCAUCAAAUGUUGUAGAUAUUUGGUUACUUAGUUGCUAAAGUCAUUGGAGCUUAUUGUACAAUUAUUGUACACUCUAAUUGAAAACAAAUAUAUUUAUAAAUAUGUACCUAUGUGCUUACAAGGUGGCGCAAAAUUAAUUAUCAUAUAGGAAAAUUUAUAAUUUUCAAUCGUAUUUGACACCCAUGACAAACAGACAAGCAAUAGAGCGCGUAAAGGUCAAAAUUAAGAUUUCCAUUAAUCAAAAUAUAUAUAUUUUUUUGCAUUUAGUAAGUAAGUUAUUCAAAAACAAAAUGGAUGAUUAAUUUUGCGCCACCCUGUAUAUAAUUUUGCUCUGGGGGAUAUUGCAAUUUUGCGCACACGCAGCCAGUGAAAGCAUGUUAAGUAAUUUUUAAGCCAUAAAUAUUUGAUUCUAUAAAGAAAAUUUUAUAUAAAAUAUAAA